UUGUUGGAAAUUGAUUCUGGUUUUUCUAUUUGUUUAUGUUGUUGUUGUUGUUGUGUUUGUGUUCUGAUUUCUUUUAUUGUUUAUGUUUUGGUGUUGUUGUUGUUGGGUUCUGAUUUCUAUUUGUUUUUGUUGAUGUUUUUGUUGAUGUUUUUGUUGUUGUUUCUAUUAAUAUUGUUGUUGAUGUUUUUGUUGUUGUUUUUCUAUUGUGUUUCUUCUUGUUUUGUUGUUGAUGUUUUUGUGUUUUGUUUUCUCUCAUUGUUUGUUGAUGUUUUUAUUGAUGUUUUUAUUGAUGUUUUUGUUGAUGUUUUUUAUAUUUUUCUUGUUGUUUUUGUAUUUUGUUUGUUUCCCUCUUUGUUUCUAUUAUUCCCUCUCCUCUUUGUUGUUGCUGUGUUUUUGUUUGUUUUGUGUUUUUCCCAAAUUUAUUAA